GGAAAAGCAAUUCCCAGGGUCCACGGGUCACCAGGUGGCGACUGACUGACUGAGUGAGGAACAGAGGGAGGUUUUGAUUAAGAAAAGACCGAGACCAGACAGAAUGGUGGACUCACAGUACAUCUUGCCCAACGACAUUGGCAUCUCGGUGCUGGAUUGCCAGAAUGCCUUCCGGUUGCUGUCGAAGGAGGAGAAGUUGUACGCUCACUACAUCUCACGGGCAUCCUGGUACGGGGGGCUGGUGGUCCUCCUGCAGACCUCCCCAGAGUCUCCCGCCAUCUACGUGCUGCUUCAGAAACUGUUCCGGGCUCAGCCCCUCUCCGAGCUACAGGAGUCUGCCACUGCCAUUGGGAUGACAUCUGAGGAGUACCAGGCAUUCCUAGUUUACGCAGCCGGCGUUUAUUCCAACAUGGGCAAUUACAAGUCGUUCGGAGACACCAAAUUUGUGCCUAACCUGCCUCAGGAGAAGUUGAAAGCGCUGGUGUGGCAUAGUGCAGCCUACAAACAGAAGCCAGAAGAGAUCGAGUGCCUGUGGAAGGUGUGUGGUCAGCUCAUGUUCUCUCUGGAUGACAGACACAAGCAGCUGGGUCUUGGAGAGAAGGGCAUCACCACCUAUUUCUCUGGGAACUGUGUGUUGAAGGAUGCGGAGCUAGCACAGAAGUUCCUGGAUUCGAAGGGUAUCAGUGCUUACAAUACUCGAUUGUUUAAAACCGAGGGAGCGGAUGGCAAAUUGGUGUACGAGGUCAGGCUUGCCUCUGUGAUGAAGGAUGGUGUAAAGUUGGAGGGUGAAUCCGACAGCAUAUGUGGGGUUUAUGAGUUUGAUGGAGUAACGUUCAGGGUGGUUCGAGGUGACUACUGGCCUUUAAUGAAGAGGGUGGUGGAGAAUCUGGAGAAAGCCAAGGACUAUGCAGCCUCUCCCAAUGUAGUGAAGAUGCUGGAGCAGUACAUCCAGAGCUUCACCACCGGCUCCAUUGAUGCUCAUAAGGAGGGCUCCAAGCACUGGAUCAAAGAUGUGGGGCCCAUCGUAGAGAGCUACAUCGGCUUCAUCGAAAGUUAUCGAGACCCUUAUGGAUCGCGAGGGGAGUUUGAAGGUUUUGUGGCUGUGGUCAACAAGGACAUGAGCGCCAAAUUCUCCCAGCUGGUGGCUUCAGCUGAACGGCUGCUCCCAGAACUGCCCUGGCCCAAGGAGUUUGAGAAGGAUCGCUUCCUCAAACCGGACUUCACUUCGCUCGACGUGCUGACCUUCGCGGGCAGUGGCAUUCCGGCUGGCAUCAACAUCCCAAACUACGACGAUAUUCGGCAGACGGUAGGGUUCAAAAACGUUUCGCUGGGUAACGUUCUGGCAGUGGCCUACUCCACGCAGAAGGAGAAGCUGACUUUCUUAGAGGAGGGAGAUAAGGAUCUGUACAUCAAAUGGAGGAGCCCAUCUUUCGAGGUUCAGGUUGGCCUGCACGAGCUCCUCGGUCAUGGCAGUGGGAAACUGUUUGUUCAGGACAAGCAUGGAAAGUUCAACUUUGAGCCUAAUCUGGUGAACCCUGAGACCGGAGAGACGGUACAAAGCUGGUACAAGCACGGCGAGACCUGGGACAGCAAGUUCUCCACAGUUGCGUCCAGCUACGAGGAAUGUCGGGCAGAGUGCGUGGGCAUGUAUCUCUGCCUCAACAGGGAGGUGUUGAAGAUAUUCGGCCAUGAGGGCACAGAUGCUGAUGACGUUAUCUACGUGAACUGGCUGACAAUGGUUCGAGCGGGAGUCCUGGGUUUGGAGUUCUAUACUCCAGAGAGCCAGCAAUGGAGACAGGCCCACAUGCAGGCCCGUUUUGUCAUUCUGCGGGUUCUCCUGGAAGCUGGCCAGGGGUUUGUCACCAUCCGACAAACCACGGGGACAGACGGCAAACCUGACGCUAUCAUCACUCUCGACCGAAGCAAGAUCUCCACUGUCGGCAAGACUGCCAUCGAGGAAUUCCUCAGGAAGCUGCAGGUUUACAAGAGCACCGCGGAUGUGGAGUCAGGCCGUGCGCUCUACUCCAGGUACUCUGAGGUCAGCGAUUCGGAGCCUGAGAGGUUCCUCAGCCUUCGCGAGACAGUCCUGCUCAGGAAGGAAGCCAGAAAGAUGUUUGUCCAGGCUAACACCAGAGUCGAAGCUGAUGGAGACGUCCAGUUCCUGAACUACGAAGCCACAGCUGCCGGUUUGAUCCAGUCGUUUGUUGAGCGGUUCCCAGAAGAUGACGAGGAGCUGGAAUGGAACCUGCAGGAGCUCUGUCGAAGCGACCUGCCGUACUGGAACAAUGUCUAACGCCUCGCCCUCCCGCAGCGCCUUGUCCCGAGAGUCUUUUUUAACUUGGCCUUCCCUUUCUCUGUUUUGCUUCCUCCUGAAUUUCCUGCGAGCUCCGAUUUUUGAGGGCUGCGAAUUCCGAUUAGACUCUCGAGCCGCUGUCCCUGAUUCGGAAUGGCUGGAUCCGUUCUCGGGUUGCCGAAUCCCUCCCUUGUCUAUACUCCGCGUUGGAAUGCUCCUGGGUAGCUAAGUCGUGCUAGUAUUGAACUGUGCCUUUCCUGGAACCGCUUCCCCCCACCACGCACCCCCCAACUCUCCAAACAAAAAAACCGGUUUUGGCCGUUCUCUGAUGUCCAAAACAAAAUCCUGGGGCAGGCAGCUGUGGAUGGGUGGUCUCCUACCAAUCUGGGCCUCCCGUGAUUCAGGAGGGCGUGCAUUUCUGGGAAAGCUCCCCACACACAUGCUCCGCUGGUGGGUUUAGGUGUCUCUGUGACUUUGUUCCUUUAUCAUUUUUGUUCCCCCACCCAAGAGCGUAGCCGACUUGAGGUUCUUUUGGGUUGAUUUAACGUCGGGAAUCGGUGGCGGUGCAAAUGGUGAGCGGGCAUCUUGAAUUGUUUUGUUUUUGCAGGAGCGAGGCUACGUGAUCUCCUGGUUGGGAUCGGGCUCAGUUUCUGUAGCUCUUUGCAAGGAUUAAGACAAAAAUAUAUUAUAUCAUUCUUCCUGGAA